GCCAUGUCAGUUGUGAUACCAACACACUAACCCUCACAUGGGACAAGAAUCCAGUGUCCGGGGCCGCGUACACCGUACAAACUGAGAGGAUAAGCGGCGCUCUUCCUCCUUCAAUGCACGACACCUCUGAUACCUCACACACAUUGACCGACCUGGAGUGUGGACAGACGUACGCUUUCCGCAUCGCGGCACAGGACGGGAACUGCCACAGCAGCUACAGCCCGCCCGUGAAAAUAAGCACAGUCCCUUGUGAGCCAACUAACUUCACCGGUCACGUGGACUGUGGCACGAACAAAGGGAAUUUCUCCUGGUCUGAGAGCAGUGGAGCAGGUUUCUACACCGUUGAGGUGGCAGGGGAGCACGGCCACGUGGCGUCCUGUUCCUCCAGCGACACCUCCUGCGCUCUUAGACUCGACUGUGGCCGGACAUACUCGGCUGCACUGGUGGCUUCCACAGAAAGCUGCAACAGCAGCAAACGGGCCGGCAUCACCUUUGACUCUGCUCCGUGUCUGCCAGAAGACGUCUUUGCUGAGCUACAGUGUGACAGCAAUGUGAUGAAUGUGAGUUGGACACAGGCCUCUGGCCCCGACGAGUACACCGCCUGGGCCAUCAGCACCGAGGGCCACAGAGCAUCCUGCAACUCAUCGUCCAACUCCUGCUCCAUUCACGAUCUGCAGUGCGGCAAGGUCUACGAGGUGGUGGUCACCUCGUCCUCCAUUGAGUGCGAAACCAUUGCUGGCUCAGACUACGAGGUUCACUCUGCUCCUUGUAAACCCGAGAACACCAAUGUCGAGCAGAACUGUAGCAGCGACGUGGUGACAGUAGAGUGGGACCAGAGCAGCACCACACAGAACUACACCGUGAAAGCCACGCGCGCUGCGGGUGUCAACUCCACCUGUGAAUCCGCCGAGAGCAGCUGCUCCUUCCUGGACCUGAGCUGUGGUCAGCUCUACACCUUCACUGUGGUGGGACAUACCAACGUGUGCAGAAGCGAGAUGAGCUCUCCCACGGAGAAGCUUACCGCCCCUUGUCCUCCCACCAACGUGUCAGCUGUACUGAACUGCACUACACUCAACGCUCUGGUCAGCUGGAGGAGCUCAGAUGCAGCCACAUUCUACACCGUGCAGGCGACCUCCAUGAAUGGACACAACUCCUCCUGCAGUGAGAUGGGCACAUCCUGUAUCCUCAACGACCUGGUGUGUGGACAGGACUACUCUGUUGUUGUGGGGGCCAUGCACGAGGGCUGUCCUGGCCCGUCCAGUGUCCCUGCCAGGCUCACUACAGAGCCCUGUGCCCCCACAAAUCUCUCUAUCCUCUAUAACAUGAGCACUGCUCAGGUGACGUGGGGGGCAGCGAGAGGUGCCGGCUCGUACUGGGUCCAGGCUGUGACAGGCCAGGGCUUGAUGGUCACCUGUAACUCCACCAACACCAGCUGCUCCCUGAACGGCCUGCAGUGCAGUCGGAUCUACAACGUCUCCUUGACGGCACGAAACCUGGACUGCGACAGUACGAUCGCCGAGACGCGGCGCCUCGUGACUGAACCCUGCCCGUCCACCAACGUUCAAGCCAGCAUGUCGUGUGAGCAACUAAGUGCGACGGUUUCCUGGCAGCAGAGCGACCUCGCCGUAGGUUAUGUCGCCUACUUUGACAACCAGGAGGACCACAACGCUUCUUGCGUUGGGUCAGACGCAGACGCCCAAUGUGUUGUCUCAGGACUGAUGUGCGGCACCGUGUACAACGUCUGGGUCAAGGUCUUAGGCUGGCAGAACACCAGCUCUGAUAGCACAGUUACCACGCUUACAUCAGUACCUUGUCCGACGAGCUCCAUCCAAGCUGUUGUGGACUGCGAGGCCCAGUCUGCCACCGUUUCCUGGCAGCCAAGCGCUGGAGCCGCGUCCUACGUUUCGGAGCUUUCGGCGUUAUCAGGCGGCGCCACCAGCUGUGCCACAAACCAGACCGAAUGUCACUUCAGCUCGCUGCAGUGCGGGGAGGAAUACGACGUCACCGUGAAGGCCCUGGGAGAUUCUUGCAACGGCACUGCUCAGAUGGCGGGACACCUCACCGCGGUGCCAUGUGCCCCCGCGAACCUCUCCGUCCACUACAAUGCGAGCACUGCCCAGGUGACGUGGGGGGCGGCCAGGGGUGCCGGCUCGUACUGGGUCCAGGCUGUCACAGGCCAGGGCUCGACGGUCACCUGUAACUCCACCGGCACCAGCUGCUCCCUGAACGGCCUCCAGUGCAGUCGCACCUACAACGUCACCGCGACGGCACGAAACCUGGGCUGCAACAGCGCCGUGACCUCUGAACCCUCUCCUCUCACGACAGAACCCUGCCCGCCCACCAACGUGGAGGCCAGCAUGGCGUGCGAGCAACUGGCCGCCAAUGUUUCCUGGCAGCGCAGCGAACUCGCCGUGGGUUACGUCGCCUACUUCGGCGACCAAAAUGGCCGCUACGCUUCCUGCGUUGGCUCGGGCGCACGCGCCUACUGCGUUGCGUCCGGGCUGAUGUGCGGCGCGGUGUACAGCGUCCGGGUCAAGGCGCUGGGUCGGCAGUACAACAGCUCUGACAGCGCAGGGAUCUCUCUUACGUCGGCCCCGUGUCUGCCCAGCGAGGUGGAGGUGGAGGCCGACUGCAACUCGGACGGCGCCGCCGUCGUGUCCUGGAACGCCACUCAUGGCGCGGCAAACUUUUCGCUGACGGCCGUUGUCGGUGGGCGUCUUCAGACCCUGUGUGCGACUCAGCAGGACCGCUGUCAUGUGACGAGCUUGACUUGUGGGGAAACCUACAGCCUCAGCUUCAGCGCCGUGAACGAGCAGUGCAGCCUCACGGCGCCGGAGCGCGCCAACCUCACCACGCGUCCUUGUCCUCCUCAGCGUGUAGCUGUUGACCUGCAGUGUGGUUCCCGCACCGCAGUCCUGUCCUGGCAGCCGAGGUCUGAUGUUGAACUGUAUGAAGCGAGCGCCGUCAAGACGUCCGGAGGGGGGGUGCUGACGUGCAACGCGACAGGCGCUACCUGUCAGUUCGCCGGUCUGGAAUGUGGAGAGAUGUACAACUUCACCGUGAGAGCACAGCGUGCAGGCUGCUGCAGCCAGGCCAGCACCGCCGUCCUCAUCCAAACAGAGCCCUGCCAGCCGGUCAUUGUAUCUGCUGAGGCGCCCUGUCAGAGUGAGCAGGUCCAGAUCUCCUGGCACCAAACGAGUGGUGUUGUGAAUUACUCUGUAACGGCCAGCGGGAGCCUCGGAUAUGUGGAGGUCUACAAUACGACCCGGACCCUUCUGACCGCUGUUUUGCCAUGUGGGCAGAACUACAACGUCACGGUGCAAGGACAAGGCAGCGGGUGCGCCAGCAUCCCCAGCAGCCCCGUCUUCUUCAAAACUACUCCAUGUGUCCCUCGCAAUGUGGCAACCGAUGAAGAGUGUGAAAUUAACGCUGGCUCUGUCAGCUGGGGGCCCACUGAUGGUGCUGAAACAUAUGUUGCCAUAGCGACGGGGCUUGAGGGCCACACGCACCAGUGCGACGCCAACAUCACCUCGUGCACCUGGAACGACCUUCACUGUGGAGAAGUGUACAGUGUUGUGGUGAGAGCAAAGGAAGGCAACUGCACCAGUCUGCCUAGCAACACCUCUGUCGUCCAUAUGGAGCCGUGCGUGCCUCAGAAUUUGACCGCCACUGUGAAUUGUGGAAUGAACGUUGUUUCACUGAGCUGGGACGGCGCUGAGAACAAUCAUUAUGUGGUAUCAGGAGAGGCGGGAAAUAAAAAAGUCGAGCACAGGACUUCCGCCACCACAGCGGACUUUUCUGACUUCAGCUGCGGACAAAACUACAGUUUCACAGUAACACCUCACAACAUGCACUGUUCUGGAAACCCCAGUGCACCUGCUUCCAUAGAGACGCGGCCUUGUCCACUUGCAGGAAUCUCGACCAUGCAGGACUGUCUCGCUGGCAUCGUCAUGGUAACCUGGCAGACCAGUGAUGGGUCAGACUACUACACAGCCACCAUCCAGACUGAAACGGGCGUCUCAGAAAUGUGCAUGUCUGAGUCUAAUGAAUGCUGCGUCCCUGGCCUGACCUGCGGGUACAACUUCUCCGUGUCGGUCACGGCCUCCAACAAGCAGUGCAACGUCACCUCCACACAAAGCACCAGUCUGCAGUCAGUGCCCUGUGCUGCCACCAAUGUCUCGGCCAUCAUGCACUGUGCUAACAGCACCGCUCUGGUGUCCUGGGCUGCCGGUCGGGGUGCCGUGCAGUACUCCGUGAUGGCCCGCGGCGGUCGAAGCAACGUCAGCUGCCAGACCUCAGACCUCAGCUGUAGCCUUGAGAACCUCACGUGUGGCCGCCGCUACACCGUUCAGGUGGUGGCAAUGAAUGACAACUGCUCCAGUGUCCCCAGCCAGCCUUUGUCACUCGACUCGGCUCCCUGCCCGCCUCAGAAUGUGAGUGCAGAGGUCAGCUGUUUGUCGAACAGCAUGACGGUCUCUUGGGACGCCGUCGAGGGAGGAGACAACUUUACGGUGUCAGCGGUUGCAGACAACGGAGGAAGCAGCGGAUCGUGCAACACCACAAACGCCGCGUGCUCCAUCAGCAACGUGACCUGUGGAAACACGUACACGGUCGAAGUCACCUCGGUCAGAGGCGCCUGCCGCAGCCAGCCCAGCCAGGGCCACAGCAUCACGGCGGCUCCCUGCCAGCCUCAGGGAAUCGGAGGCAACCUCAACUGUGUGACCAAUUCUGCGUGGAUAUGGUGGGACGCGGCUCCAGGGGCGGACAGUUACACAGUGUCGGCUGCGGGUGGAUGGGACUAUCGAGCCAACUGCACCACUUCCUCCAACACCACAUGUGAGGUGAAGGACCUGGAGUGUGGCAAGCUUUAUAACUUCAGCGUUACCGCUAAGAGCAGCAGAUGUGAGAGUUGGCCAAGUGCCGCCAUCCACUUGCAGACAGCCCGCUGCACCCUCUCCGGCAUCACAGCGGUGCCUCUGUGCCACAACUCUUCCAUCCUCGUCCUGUGGAGCCUGAUGGACGGCGGCGGCGGAGAGACCGUGUACACCGUGACAGCCGAAGCCAGUGACCGUAGCCUGCUGUCCUGCAACAACACCGGCACCAGCUGCUACCUCGAGGGAGCCCGCUGCGACCUCCGUUACACCGUCAUUGUUGCCGCUUCAUCAGACCAGUGCAGCGGCCUCAGGAGCCCACCGUACACGAUCAGCAUGGAGCCGUGUCCGCCCGGCAACUUGGUGGUUAACGCCACCUGUGAGGACAACAGUGCCCAGGUGUCCUGGGGCGCCUCCCCUGUAGCCGAGACCUACCACGUCGUCGCCGUGGGUGGAGACGGACACGUCCAUGCCUACAACACCACCUCCACUAACUGCACCCUACCAGAGCUCCACUGCGACCAGCAGUACACGGUAUUCGUGACUGCCGGCCACGAGAACUGCUCCAGCGAGGCCAGUCAAAAGGCCACACUCAACACAGGUCCCUGCCAGCCCGACGGUCUCUCCGUUACUUUCCAGUGUGACAAUCAGUCGGCGGUGCUGUCGUGGACUCCCCGAGAUAACGCCGCGCGCUACAACGCCUGUGCCCGGGCUGCAAAUGGAGACAUGUUGUACUGUCACGGCACGGAGCCCACCUGCACCAUCCAGGCCCUUGAAUGUGGAGUGGUUUACAAUUUCUCUGUCCAGGCCUCGGACGGGACCUGCAGCAGCUCCUUCAGUGAGCCGGUGCAGAGUGGAGCAGUUCCCUGUCCGCCUGGCGCUGUUGACGUGCAGCCACUUCCGAUGGAGAGGGAGAUCCAAGUGAUGCACUUCAGCUGGACGCAGAUCGCCUGCGGGGACGUCGAGUACAAGCUGGAGUUAACGGGAAGUCUGCCGGGAGACGGCGAGGCCCAGUUCGAGCUCUCUUCCUAUUGGACGAGCGGCACGUACUUUGAGAUUCCUCUCCCCUGUGGUUCGUCCUUCUCUGCUGCAGUGGAGAGCAGGAACGCUGCCGGCACCAGCGUCCCAUCCGGGCCUCUCAAUCGCACAACAGCUCCCUGUCCACCGUCGGGGGUUGUGUACAGUGGUAACAGCUCCUUUGCCAGAGUCGCGUGGAACGCCUCCGCGCUCGCCGCCACAUACACAGUGUACGACAACAGCGCUGCGCCAAAGGCCCAGCUGUGCAGCACCGAGGGGCUCGCGUGCUCUCUGUCCAACAUCACCUCCAGCAACCUGGUGAUCACAGCCACAAACACAGCCGGAGAAAGUGAAACGACCACUGUAAAGACAGAUGUGUCAACCCAAGGACGCAAAAGGAGAGAUCUCAGUGGACAAAAGCCAGAGCACGGAGGCCUCUGGGCCCCCGUGCUGAAGGUCACACAAGCAACGGCAACAGUUAUUUUUAUUGAGUGGUCUCCGAUCGAUGGAGCCUCCCACUACAGGCUGGUGAUCAGGGAGCAGAGCAGCUCCAGCGAGCCUCAGGCGAUAACAGUGCUGGGGGAGAGCAUCAUCCUCACCGAUCUGGGCCCCCACUCGGCUUACUGCUUCUCCGUGUCGGCCGCCGGCGGGCCGGAGUCAGAGCCGGCGUGUGUGCAGACGGGGCCGGUGCGCCGCUAAUAAGAGAGCGCUUGUGUAGGCAAAGCGAGGGGGAGCCACUCGUGUGGGUCAUAGAACAUACGAGGACUUAAGGUCUGAUUUUAGCGUGAUCUAACAUUUCUGUUAACUGCACAACUGGUUUGGAGGACUUAACUCACGGAAAUAGGUCUUCUGAAUGACAACCAAUGACUAAUCCAUCUGUAUGAAAAUACAAUAAAACUUGAUCCACUAUUGGUUGAGGUUAUAAAUCUUGGGACUAGUUCCUCUUCCUUUUUUGAAAUUGCAAUCACUUGUUUAAUGACUUAAAGUUAAUACAUUGUUUGACGUGUCCUGGGUAUUUGCUUGGUACUUUUUCUAAAAGAAUAUUUAACAUGUAUAUUUUCAGACUGCAUUCUAAUAAAAAUAUAAACAUUUUA